GAUUACUCCUCAAAUAUGUUGACAUUCACUAUACUACAAUGUUAACACUAGUUCCCACACAUUGCAACUUGAAGAAAGUUUUCAUAAAGAAAACCCAAAUAUCAUGUAAUAGUUUCUUGCUAUAAAAAGGGGCAGGCCAGUAGCUAGAACUCCAGGUAUAGUUCACUAGAGAAGAAGAAGAAAGAGAAUGGAAGAGGUGAGAGAGAGAUCAAUGGAAGAUGAGAGAGAGCUCUCAGAAACAAAUUCAUUUACUAGUGCAAUGACACUAAACCAAAUAGGGGUACCCCAAGCCCCCGAACGUUUCGUUCUGCCUCCCCUGGAACGACCAAACCAUACCCUCCGCUUGAACCCCUCCACCACCCUACCCGUUAUAGAUAUUGCGUCUCUCCACAAACCUUCUCUUAGGCCUUGGGUCAUUGACGAAAUCCGCUUGGCCUGCAAGGAACUUGGUUUCUUCCAGGUGAUUAACCAUGGGAUUCCCUCGACGUUCAUUAAUGGUGCCAUAGACACUGCAACAGAGUUCUUUAACUUGCCUAGUGAGGAGAAGAUGCAUCUCGCAUCGGCUGAUGUUCAUAAGCCCAUAAGGUAUGGCACAAGUAUGAAUCACGUUGCUGACAAAGUCCAUUUUUGGAGAGACUUCAUCAAGCAUUACUCCUAUCCCAUCUCCACCUGGAUCCAUCUGUGGCCUUCGAACCCCCCAAGCUACAAGGAGAAAAUGGGAAACUAUGCAAAGGCCACGCAAGCAGUACAAAAGCAACUAAUGGAAGUAGUUCUUGAGAGCUUAGGGCUAAAAACAGAUUACUUACAUGAAGAAAUCGAAGAAGGCUCCCAAGUCAUGGCUGUGAACUGCUACCCGGCUUGUCCUGAACCAGACCUUGCCCUUGGAAUGCCACCUCACUCCGACUAUGGCUACCUCACAAUCUUAAUCCAAAGCCAACCAGGACUCCAAAUCAUGGACAAUGAUAACAACUGGUACCUGAUUCCGGUCAUUGAAGGGGCACUACUAGUCCAGUUGGGAGAUCAAAUCGAAGUGAUGAGCAAUGGAAGGUACAAGAGUGUUCUGCACCGAGCAACUUUGAACAACGAGAGGACACGGAUUUCAAUCGCCAGCCUUCAUAGCCUAGCUUUAGAGAAGAAAGUGGGACCGGCACCCGAGCUGGUAGAUGAGGAACACCCCUUGGCCUACAAUGAAGGAAGCUUCAGAGAUUUUCUUGACCAUAUUUCUGGUAAUGAUAUUACAAAGCAGCGAAGGUAUAUUGACACAUUGAAGAAGAAUCCAUGAAAUAAGGCUUGCAUGAAAUAAGGAAAGUGUGUACGUGAGUCGUGAGAUAAA